AUGACAGACUCCAACUCCAACACCAAGUCCGACCCCCCGGCUCCGCUCCAGAGUUCGUUCCAAGUGCUCUCCAGCGCCGGCGAGUCCUUCGCCUCAGUUCGGGUCCAGAAUCUGCAAGGCACUAUCUCGGUAGGCCGGGACGCCUGGGGCCGCGCCAACAAGCUGCAGCCGGCUUUGAUCUCUACGUGUGUCUCGUUCGCACAGCCAUUUGGCACCGCCUCCUCGGGGGACGUGGUCAAUGCCGAGACGGCGCACUACGGUAACCUGAGCAAGAAUCUGCUCUCUACUUUGAACUUGUUUGAUGCUUCCUCGCCGCCGAAAGACCCCAAUGUUGUGGGCAAGGCCGAGACUGAGGGCCCCAGCUCGGCGGAUGUAUUUGAGUUGCUUUGGGUCGGGCUGACGGGAAGGGUGGUGGAUGGGAGUCAGAGGGUGUUACCGCUAGAUCAGGUGCCGUUUCUGGAUACGGGGAAGUUGCGGUCAUUGGAGUUGACAGUGUUGUUACCGAAGGCGUCACUGUUGGGAGAGGGGUGUAGUUUGACGGUCACUGCUUGCUUUAAGGAGGGUGCGGAUGGGAAUCCGCUGAAGGCUUAUGCUAGGUCGAUAAGGAUACAUGGUCUUCGGGUCCCUACACUGAUAGGGGUCAAUGCGAAUGAGCGCAAGGCGAAGCAGAUGGUCCUUGCGGAUGUGGUGAUCGAUAAGUUGGAUGUGACUCGGGAUAUUCAUCCUGAGGUGGAGAGGAUGGUUGUGGAUGCGAUGGAAGCGUCCUCUUUUGAGACACUCGAGGCCUUGGCAGUUCAUAUCGGUAAUAAAAUUCUGUCGGAUUUCAGGAUUGGUGACGACCCCAAGCCUGCUAGAGAGAGGGGUUGGCAAGUCAAGAUAAGUCUGUCGAAGCCGAUUGCUGUUCCUCUGGCAGAGUGCCCGACUAUUGAAAUCAAGAUGGGAGCAGAUUUGCCAUAA